CUGUAGUUCCGAGUCUCUGAGUGGUAAAACGAUUUCAAAACCCUCGACCCUCUUCGCUCCCAAACCCCUCUCUUCCAUUCUCAAGCCGCUUUCCAGUCUCUUUCCUUCGAAUGCGAACCCUACCCAUUUCCUCUUUCUUAUCUCUAUCAUCUUCUUUGGUGUCAAGGUUUGAUUUUUAGCUAGUUACCUAGUUUUUUAUUCUAGGUUUUCGCAGUUUUUUCUGCUAUGGCGUCUGCCUCGAGGAUGGAUGGUAGCACACAGGCACUUCCUGCCAGAGUGCGCAAAACCAUCCAAUCCAUCAAAGAAAUUGUGCGUAAUCAUUCUGAUGCUGAUAUUUAUGUGGCCCUUAAGGAAACCAACAUGGAUCCUAAUGAAACCGCCCAGAAAUUGCUCAACCAAGAUCCAUUCCAUGAAGUGAAGAGAAGAAGAGACAGAAAGAAAGAGAAUUUAUUGCAGCCUCAAAGUGUUGGAUACAAGGGUACAUCUGAACCACAACGACGUGCUGAGAAUGUUGGUCGUGGAAUGAGGUUUCAUGCUCCUUCUGAACCUGCUGCUCAAAGAAUAAACUAUUCUCGAAAUACUUUACCUGGCAUCAGCAGAGAGUUUCGUGUUGUCAGAGACAACAGAGCAAAUCAUAUAUAUAAAGAAGUGAAGCCUCCGUCAGUUCAACAUUCAACAUCCACCAAUGAGCAAUUAACUUCAUCCGAAAAAGGCUCAUCAGCAGAUUCAAGCAAUCAAAAGUCAUCUGUUGCUAGAAAAUCAUCUCAGGUUCCAAAUGGUCCUUCUGAGUCAUAUGUUAGAUACUCAGAUGAUGCUGUUUCUAAAGCCGUUGACAGAAAAGGUCCAUCUAAGGAGAAGCAAAGUAUGACUCCAGAUACAGCACUGCAGUCGCAACCAGUUAAGCCAGGCAAUGUCCAUCAAAAUUCUGUGACAGUGGCAUCAACUAGUUCUGCUGUUGGAGUAUAUUCUUCUUCUACAGAUCCAGUUCAUGUGCCUUCUCCUGAUUCCAGAUCAUCAGGCGCUAUUGGAGCCAUUGGGCGUGAAGUAGGGGUUGUUGGUGUUCGGAGACAUUCCUCAGAUAACUCAUUGAAACAAUCAUCUGUUCCUAGUAGUUCUUAUGCUAAUUCACUUGUGGGAAAAGAUGUUAGCAGAUCAUUCUUGAACAAUCAGCAUAACAAGAGGCAACAUCAACAAUCUGUGGGACAUCAGAGAGUAUCACAGCACAAUAAAGAGUGGAAACCUAAGUCAAGCAAGAAACUAAACGUUAGCAGUCCUGGAGUGAUUGGAGCACCUAAAAAGCGUUUGCCUGCUGAAAAGUCUGAAGAUAUAGAAUCAGACACGGCAAAGCUUCAAGAUAAACUUUCACAAGUAAAUAUAUUUGAGAACCAAAAUGUGAUCAUAGCGAAGCAUAUUUGUGUUCCAGAGACGGAUCGUUGUCACUUGACUUUUGGGACCAUUGGGACUGGAGUUGAUUCUUCUAGGCAUCAAUCUAAUUGUCAAUCAAUAGGAACUGCUGAAAACUCAAAUGAGGAGUCUGUGACAAGCUUGUCAGUACCGGAUCCAGAGUUGACCAAUGAUGUUCCUGGAAGCAAGCAAGUGGACUUGCUGGAUGAUCAGAUUCAAAGUACUGGAUCUGACUCACCAGCAUCUGUUGCCACUGCUGAGCAGCAAUUACCAGAUGAUGAGGAAUCUUCAAGACCUCACAAUCUUGACAGCUAUGGGGAUAUUGGGCUGGUACAAGACAAUAGAAUGUCUUAUGCGCCUUCAGAAUCACAGCAGCAGCAGGAUUCACAUGAUUUGCCAGGCUUCUCGGUAUAUGAUCCGCCAACUGGGUAUGACAUGCCCUAUUUGAGACAGACAACAGAUGAAACUGUACGAGGGCAGGGUCUACCAUCCGCUCAGGAGGGUUAUGGCUCUCAUAAUUCCAAUAAUAUCCCUACCUCCACAAUUCCCAUGUUGCAACAACAACCUCCAGUGGCACAGAUGUACCCGCAAGUUCAUGUUUCACAUUUCUCUAAUCUUAUGCCAUUUCGUCAGUUUCUCUCUCCAGUAUACGUUCCCCCAAUGGCUAUGCCUGGAUAUUCAAGCAAUCCUCCUUAUCCUCAUCCAUCAAAUGGAAGCAGUUACUUGUUGAUGCCUGGAGGUGGCUCUCAUCUUAGCAACAGUAUUAAAUAUGGAGUCCAGCAAUUCAAGCCUGUUCCUUCUGGCAGUCCUACUGGGUUUGGAAAUUUUACAAGUCCAACUGGAUAUGCCAUGAAUGCCUCUGGUAUGGUUGGAGGUGCAACAGCUCUAGAAGAUUCUUCUCGCAUCAAAUACAAAGAUAAUCUUUAUGUCCCAAAUCCUCAGGCUGAGACAUCAGAAAUCUGGAUACAGAACCCAAGGGAGCUUUCCAGCAUGCAAUCUCCUCAUUACUAUAACAUGCCGGGGCAAACGCCGCAUCACGCGGCUUAUGUGCCAUCACAUGCCAGCCAUACCUCCUUCAACGCAGCUGCAGCGGCAGCAGUGCAAUCCUCUCACAUGCAGUUCCAGGGGAUGUACCAUGCUUCUCCACAGCCGGCUGCCAUGGCUAGUCCUCAUCACCAUUUAGGACCAGCAAUGGGCAACAAUGUUGGAGUGGCUGCGGCCGCACCUGGGUCUCAGGUUGGUGCAUAUCAGCAACCCCAAAUGGGUCACCUCAAUUGGACGACAAAUUUCUGAAAGGAAAGAAGAAAAGAAUGUGAAUCCUGACCCUUUCCGUGCAAGGGGCUGAAGUAGAUAUAGAAAAAAAUGGCAGGUUUUAUUACUGAAUUUUCUUUUUCCCCAAAUGCAUUAUGAUGCAUUCAUUUUUUUUUUAAUCCAUUAUUAUCAAUCUCUACCAUCUGGGGUAGCUCUGGAAAUUGUCGAAUUUUGACUUGGGAAAGUAAAGUUUAAAAUA